UUUUUUUUGCUCAUUUUACUGCUUUUGGUGGUCUUAAGGAGAUUUCCCCUUUACAACCACCAAGCACCGCCACUACUGCCUGUCUCCGGUGAAUUCCCAACUGCCACUGCCGCUAUCUCCACCGUUUUCAUUUCUAGUUCUACAACCACAACCACAACCACAGGAUGUCAUUUUUUUGGGUUGCAUUGGUUCAUCUCAUGGCUGCUGUGAUGGGCCAUGGAGGUGAUGGUGGUGACGAGCCACCACAUCCGUUCGGUAGAGAUUUUGGUGUUCACCAGAUUGAUGCUGUACCUCCCAGACGAAGAGACGAAGAGACGAAGAGACGAAGAGGCAUGACAGUAAACAAGAAAAUGCAUCGGCUAUAUGAAGCAAACGGCAGACAACCUCUAAAAAUAAUAUUUGACAUGAAUACUUUUGUGCCGAUUGGGGAUGUAUAUGAAUGCUUCAUUCGGGAGGUUGGAAGUUAUAUUUGGCGCGACAUAGCUUUGGAUAAGAAUACCUGGAAAGAAGUUCCUGGAGCCGAUCGAAAUGGCAUGUUUACAUAUCUUUCGACAUAUUCUGAUUUUCAAGCCAUUUCAAAUGAUCCCGAUGCUAGAAUUUUAUGGGCAUCACUGAACCAUCGGAUAUGUCAACGUGUAAACAAAGAAUGCCGGAAGAAGCAAGUAGUUAAGAAUCGUGGAGGGACGUGCAGCUACGGUAGUGCUUCUUUCAAAAAUAAUUUGAAUAAACUUGAAGUAUUUCACCGUGCACAUGUCAAUAAACAAGGGGAAUUCGUUGACCCGUUAGUUGAACAACAAUAUAAUGCUUUAGUUGCUGAGGUAGCUUUACAAACUCAGCACAUAGCCGACUUCGGUGGUGAUCCGAACUCCAUUGAUUGGAUAGCCUUAUUUGAGAAGGUAUUAGAUGCUCGAAGGGGACAUGUGAGAGGCAUCGGGCCUAAGCCUUCCGUAGCGGGUACAAGUGCUCCCACCCAGUGGCACUCACAGUCACAAACACCGCAACAAACACAGGAUGUGGAUGUUAACGUUUUUCUCCAAAACCCGGCGUUUGUGACUGCACUUGGAGAUAUUAUCCGUUCAUUUAGCAAACAAGUUGACAAUGCGACCAACAACGACGAGGAAAACGAUGAUGGGGACAACGAUUAAUAUAUAUUGCUUUAUGAUAUGGAUGAUGUUGUUGUGGAUUUAGAUGAUGUUAA